AUGAAUUGUGUACAUUCAGUAACACCACACACGUUGAUCCAGGUUGUCUCUGCUUCGAUCAGCCAGUAUGACGUGCAGAACGGGAGAUCUUCGUGCACAUGCAUUUGCUUGGAAGCUUCGUUGACGGUUCUGGAGCGUUUGGGUGAUGGCACCGCGUGGGCUGGCUCACCAGACGAUGUAGCGAACUGCGUCAACACUGGGGUGGCCAUGUACGAAGCAGUGGCAGCCACUGGCACGCUUGCGGUGGAGCACACUUCUGUCGCUGAAAUUCUCGCAACUGUUGCCAGAUAUCAUGAUGCACUGCAGCCCGCAACCGAUAAAGUGACCCAUCAGGGUUUGCUUGGCUCGGACACGUCAAUAGCCAGAGUUCUUGGAGAGAUUCGGGGUGAGCGGCGAGAUCAAAGCAGGCCUGUGGCGGUCGUGAUCACGAAGCCACCGGAAACGGUGGUCUGCUUUUUGCCUGCGGAGAGCCAAGCAGAAGGGGGUGCUGCGACCACAGGAGCACCUUCGACCCGACAAUGGCUGCUGUUUGAUUCGCACCCCCGCCCUCAGCAUGGGUUGGUUGGGGCAAGCGUUCGUUGUUUCGCGGCGGAGGAAGCUCUUGUCGAGGCGUUGAACGAUAUAUUUCCAGCGGUUGACCUCGGCACGGACAGCGUCAUGUCGAGCAUGUACAACAUGUUCGACUGCGUCCCCUUGUCCUUGAAGAAGAGAUAAAAGAGUUGCACAAGCAAUCUGCAGGUACUGGGUUGUAGGGUUGUUUCUGUAACACUUGGUAUGGCGUCUACAAUUGGUAUUGCUGGCCCGACGGUGGGCUGUGCUUGCGCACCUCCACAAGAAGUGCUCCUUUUUCAAGCAGCCCCUGAGUACAGCUUUACCAUAGUUCGAAGGUGAUGCGCAACUACAAGCGGGCGCAACAUGUGGGCAUGGAGCAGGUGGAUUGUUAACAACGCCUUACUUUAGUUGUGCGAUCUGCGCUCACGCACAUCGAUCAUUUUCCCGACGUCCCUCCCUCGCGUGUAUGUAUGCGUAAACUAGGAGUAACACUAGUCUGGUAAUCGAGUACCCGCGCAGGUGUUGCUGGACCGCCUGCGCGAGAAACGAAGUUAAUGAGGAAAUAGAACAGGGAGGGGUACGCAGACCCUAACCCUAACCCAACCUCCC